AUGGCAUUCACCAUCGCCCAGACGUUUAAGCUCCUGACUAUUAUUACCAGACCCUUCACGCGCAGGAUAUCAUUCCAAUUCCAGAAGCCAGUUGGCAAAAGACGACUCAGUGUUUUUCACAAGAGCGGGAUGAUGAGACAGUUCUGUCUGUUGUACCGCGGCUGUGCUAUGAGCCAGACAGCUUGUUCAAUGUUCAUUCCUGAUCGGACUGUGCAGCCAUUUUUUCUUUAUUCUUUCCCUUCUAGUUUGUUAACCCACAUGUCUGGGAGCCCAGGUGCCAGUUCAAAAAAGUACUUAAGUAUUUGA